CUUGACACGGGGUUAUUGAUCAAUUUCAUCCUAGGAUGGAAAAGCUGAAUGCGUCACCUUGGGCUGUUAAGAAGAUCAACAGUAAAUGUGCAGCCAAACAGGUGGCUGUUUACCAGCAGCGCCUCAAUGAGGAGGCGGAAGUCCUGAAGGGAAUCAAUCACCCAAACAUUGUUGUAGCAGCCGGAGCGGAGGAUAAAAAGUCGGGCAGACAGAGAUGAGAGGAGCAGCGGAGAGACAGUGGAAGCUGCGUGGACUGAGUGACAGCGGAGGCUGCGUGGACUGGGUGACAGCGGAGGCUGCGUACCGGACUGUGGUAUACAUUGAAUCGUGAAGUAAUAAACAAUAUUCCCUCGACAACCAAGGCGUGUGUGUGUAUUGAGUGGACCCACGGACAGCGAACUUGUCACAUUGGCGCCCAACCGGCACUUGAUACACGGGGAUGUCUGCGCCUCCGGCGGAGCCGGUGCAGCCCGUGGCUGUGCUGGCCCAGAUGCUCCGGGACUUGGCGGCAAUGCACGCCGACCAGGCAGCGGCGAAUCGGCGGCACCUGGAGGCGCUGCACCAACAGACGGAGAGGCAGACCCGCGUCUUGGAGCAGCUGUUGUCUCGACCGGGGGGAUCGCCGGGCUCCUCCUCCUCCUCCUCCAUCUCCGGGCUGUCUCUGCAAAGGAUGACGGCGGAGGAUGACCCGCAGUCGUUUUUGGACAUGUUCCAGGCCACGGCGGUGGCGUGUGGAUGGCCGCAGGCGGAGUGGGCGGUGCGGCUGCUUCCCCUACUGACGGGGGAGGCCCAGACGGCAGCGAUCAGCCUGCCGGCGGCGGCCCGGAGGAAUUUCGCUGAUGUCAGGAAGGCGGUGCUGGACAGGACGGGCCUCUCGCCUGAGGACCACCGGCGCCGUUUCCGGGGCGCUCGGCUGGGGGCGGGCGACCGCUCGUUUGUGUUUGCCCAGCAGGUGAAGGACGCGGCAACCAGGUGGCUGCUGCCGGGGGAGACCGCGGAGGAGAGUCGGCUUCUGGAGAAGAUUGUGGUGGAGCAGUUCAUCGAGGGUUUGCCAGGGGAGACGAGCAACUGGGUGAGGUAUCAUCGCCCGGCCGAUCUGAGGGCAGCAGUGACGCUGGCCGAGGAUCACCUGGCGGUCCAGUCGGGAGGCCAAGGACGGGCACCUCCCGGAAUGCGACCGACACCAGCGCCACGCAGGAAAACCCUGGCUGCGCUGACAUCGGCGCCACGUUCACUGACGCCUCCGGUUCCGGUGCCCCGUACUAACCUCUCUUUUGCUUCUCUUCCACACCAGGCUCCGGCUGCUGCUGACGCUGUUUCCAACCCACCGGGGGCUCCUCAAACGUCAGGACAGGAGUGCUGGCGGUGUGGGCAGCCUGGCCACUUCCGACGGGAGUGUCCGCUCAUGGAGGUCGGCCAGGUGGUUCGGGUUGCCGGCACGCCAGCACCCUCUCCCGGUCCGGGAAGGACAUACAGCGUUCCGUCUCGGGAUGACACACUGCGCUCAGCUUUCGACCAAGUGAUAAAGAUUGAUGAUUAUACAGAGGCCAACCCGAAGAAGUGCGCGGUUGGACGGAGGGAGGUACGGUAUCUGGGUCACCACUUGGGCGGCGGGCAGGUGCACCCACAGGUGGAUAAGACAGCAGCGAUCGCAGCCUGUCCGCAGCCCAAGUCCAAAAAAGAGGUACGGCGGUUCCUGGGGCUGGCGGGCUACUAUCAGCGGUUCAUACCUAAAUUCUCGGACCUGGCCAGCCCCUUGACCGACCUGACCCGGAAGAGUGCCUCAGAUCCGGUCCAGUGGACGGAGCAGUGCCAGCGGGCGUUUGAGAGAAUAAAGCAGGCCCUCUGUUUCCGUGCCUUUGCCACGGCUAAAGACGGCUCCAAAUGUCUGGCCAUGGAGUACGGAGGAGAGCAAUCCCUCAAUGAUGUGAUAGAGAAGAGGAAGAAGGACAGUCUGAAGGCUUUCCCUGCCGCCAACAUAGAGAAAGUGGCGCUGCAUGUGGCCCGCAGCCUGCAGGUGAUUCAUCUACCUGCUGCCAACGCAUAG